AUGCAGAUGGAGGGGACCGUGUUCACACCCUCCCUUGCGGGCAUGAAGCAUGUCAAGUCGGAGAGUGGCGUGAUCCUGACCACGCCGUUUCUCCAAGUAUGCAAGCAAAUCCUUCCAGUGCUAGAGAAAUUUGGGUCAGCCAUGUCGAUCGUCAAGACAGACAUUGGAGGCAAUAUCACGGUAAGGCGAAUCCAGGCUGGAGAAAAAUAUGCGUCUGAUCCUACAAAGUAUGAGCAGUUGCACAGCAUGGUGAAAGUAGAAGUCAGCGCCAAGACAGCCAAAAGCUCUAGCAGCUGUACCAAUGGCCUUCUCUGGCUGACAAGAGCCAUGGACUUUUUGGUCGCUCUGUUCCACAAUUUGGUACAGCAUCCAGAAUGGCAGAUGCCACAAGCUUGCAGUGACGCUUACAGCAAAACACUGAAGAAAUGGCAUAGCUGGUUGGCGACUUCGAGCUUUUCGGUUGCCAUAAAGCUUGCCCCAGACAGGAAGAAGUUCAUGGAGAUCAUCAGUGGUUCAGGCGACAUUAACGCUGAUAUUGAGAAGUUCUGCGCAACAUUCUCCCCUUUGCUGGAAGAAAACCACAAGUUUCUGGCCAGUGUGGGCAUGGACGAUCUCAAAGCAUCCUGA